UUGGAAUUUGACAUUCGUCAUCGGGUAGCGCUUACCACACAAACACCCCUAACAACCAUUGAACGAGUGCCAGUUUGAAACCCUUGGUUCACGACAACAUAUUUCUUGCAAGUGUUUACUACGGGGUUAUCAAAGACCGCAACCAUGGCAACCGACGAUAACUUCCCCUGCUCGCUAACACUUCGAGUGCCCUUCCCUGAUGCUCGGUUAGCUUCUGUUGCCCUCCAGGCUUUGAGGGUGGACAAGGAGCUCUCCGGCCUCGUGAAGCGGGAACUUUCGACCGUUGCGUCUCCUGGCAGCGAAUGUGCUGGGGAGACGGUCCUGCAAGUCGACUACAAGGCCACCACAAACCGCAUGCUCCGCGUUGCCGUGAAUUCCUUCAUGGACAGCCUGGCGUUGGUGUUGGAGGUGCAGGAGGAGAUGGAUGUGGAUGUCAUUAAGUCUGAGAAAGCCAGCAUCUGAGGGCUGCUUGUGUCGAGACUCUUAC